GCGCCGACAAAUUCCUGUCAAAGUUUUUGAACUUUGCUCCUGACGCGUUCAGUUUGGAAGCAAAAGUGUUUUGUAUUAGAAGAACAUGGCUCGAAAGCGCGUUAAAUUCAGUCGAAAAUCAAAACAUAAAAAGAAGGACAAAUCAAAAAUUGUCGACAUCGAUGGUCAACAAAAUACGGAAAUAAAUAAGGCUCCGGACGCGCCGCACCUGUUGGACAUACCUGUACAGAAGUGCGUGAAAACGAAGCAGAAAACUGCGAAACAAGUUCACAUCGCUUUUCUUCCAGCGAAAUACGAGCCACUGGUGGAGGAUGAAACUGAUGACAAAGCACGAGAAGACAAGAAAAAACAAGACAAAUAUAAAAGAUUUAGAAAAAAUGUGGGAAAAGCUCUUCGCUACAGCUGGAAGUGUCUGGUGGUUGGACUGCAGGAUAUCAGCAUGGGCUAUUCAAUGCCAGUGAGUGCAGUUGUACCUGAAAUCUACAGAGCGAGAGCUCAUCAUGUCUAAUAGAGAAGAUAACAUCUGCUGUGAAAGUGAACUCAGAUUCAAAAGUGCAAUAAUGAGUGUAUUUUUAUGUAUACUCUCAUCAAAUGAAAAGAAGUACAUCUAACAUAAGGAAUGUCCAUCUCAUAAAGUUUGUAUUUCAAUCUAUUUUGUUUACUUAUCCCUUAUUGUAAAUGUCUGACCUUAUCUACAAUAUGAUCUGUGCACAGUGUUCAUGGUAAAUUAAAGAAAGCUAAUUUAAGAGAUUGUAAGAAAUUGUAUUAGUCUUGCACUGAUGAGAUCAGGGCAACAUGUUUACUAGGAAAGUAGGGAGGUUUUUGAGUAAAGAUUAUUUGUGGUAUAACGGGUAAAGAAAGUAGAAUUGUUGCACUGUGUGUUUUAAAACAAAAAGAGUGUCUUUUUCUUGUUUUAAGAAGGUAGACAGGAAAUGUACAGAGAUUGAAAUGUGAUGUUGAUGAGAUUAACUGAUGAGUCCUACUGUUUCCUAAGGAUUAUGUGUUUUUUUUAUAAACAUGUUGUAUAAAAUAUUGCAAUUAACUACUUAAAUGUUUACAUAAUUGAACCAAUGUGACAAAUGAGCUGAAUAAAAUGUAUUUGAAAUGCUUGUCAAUAAUAUUUAAACCCUUAUAUUAACUUUGCGUUGUCCACCACUAGGUGGCAAUAUUGUGCAGGGCAAUAAAAUUGUACUGCAAACAUAUUUUCUCAAGAUCAUGUAAAACCUUAAAAAAUCCUUAUCUUAUCCUAUAAAUCAUGUACAUUACUUUUGUGACCAUGAAGGGUUUGUUGUGCUAGCUUUUGCAUUUACAUCAAAUAGAAAUGUAUUUUUGUGGGUGCAAUCUCUUUAUGUUUAAUUUUGGAUUUUUGUUUAAUAAGCCUGAAUAUUAUUUAGAAUAUCAUUUAUAAUUUUUCAAACCCACAAGUGUUAGAGACAUAUCUGAAAUAGUCUACUAAUAAAAUGUCCAUUGUACCAUGA